AGUCCAAAAUCAAGGAAAAAUAUUGAAGAAGAUAGAUUGGUGACCAUGAUGAUCAACGACGUCUAAGCUGUUUCUGCGUCAUUUGGUCUUCUUCUUCGUAUUGCUCUGAAGAGUUGUUUCGGACUUGGGAUUUAGGGAUUUCGUUUUGACAAUGGAGGAGAUGCCAAGAGGAGUGCCUACGUGGCAAGACGAGUUAGCUAGUCUCAUGGACGGAGGUUUACAAUACGACGGAUCUCCGAUUGAUUUGACGGCGGAUACUGAAUCAAGGUCAAAGAGUUUGGGUUUCGGGUCGAAUUCUGGAUCCGAAUCAGUGGAGAGCUUAAAGGAUCAAGUGACGGGGUUUAUCAAGUCUUGGGGAGAAAUGCUUCUGGAUCUCGCAAUCGGAUGCAAAGACGUUGUGCAGCAGAUGGUGGUGACUGAGGACUCUUUCGUUGUGCGUAAGCUCCGGAAACCAGCUGCUAAGGUUUCUAAGAAGCUUAGCUUCCUUAACGACUACUUGCCUGAGGAUCGUGAUCCUGUUCAUGCUUGGCCUGUGAUUUUCUUCGUCUUCCUCCUAGCUCUCACAGCAUUGAGUUUUAGUUCAGACCAUGAUAGAUCUGUCCCUGUGUUGAAGAAAAUCCGUCUGCAUCCUACCAGUGCAAGCCGUGUACUGCUUCCAGAUGGUAGAUAUUUAGCUUACCAGGAGCUUGGUGUUUCAGCUGACAGAGCUAGACACUCUCUUAUUGUUCCUCAUUCUUUUCUUUCCUCUCGGCUUGCAGGUAUACCUGGAGUAAAAGAAUCAUUGCUUAAGGACUAUGGUGUCCGUCUAGUGUCAUAUGAUCUUCCAGGGUUUGGAGAGAGUGAUCCUCAUCGUGCUCGGAACCUUAGCUCAUCUGCCUCGGAUAUGAUUGACCUAGCUACUGCUCUCAGGAUUGUUGACAAGUUCUGGUUACUUGGCUAUUCCAGUGGUAGUGUGCAUGUCUGGGCUGCAAUGAGAUACUUUCCAGACCAGAUAGCUGGAGUUGCCAUGGUAGCGCCUAUGAUCAAUCCAUAUGAGCCAAGCAUGACAAAGGAAGAGACUGCAAAAACGUGGGAGCAGUGGCAACGAAAGAGGAAAUUCAUGUACUUUUUAGCACGUCGGUGGCCAAGUCUUCUUCCUUUCUCCUACCGUAGGUCCUUUCUCUCCGGUAAUCUCGAGCCGCUGGACAAGUGGAUGUCAAUGUCAUUAGGAGAAAAGGACAAACUUGUGAUCACAGAUCCAGUUUUUGAAGAUCUUUACCAAAGGAACGUGGAGGAGUCUGUACGCCAAGGAACUGCAAAACCAUUUGUCGAAGAAGCCGGGUUACAGGUAUCAAAUUGGGGCUUUAGUCUUCCCGAGUUCCACAUGCAGAAGAAGUGUAGAACCAAUGGCGUCCUCUCUUGGCUAAUGUCAAUGUACAGCGAAUCCGAAUGUGAACUUAUUGGGUUUCGGAAACCUAUACACAUAUGGCAGGGUAUGGACGACCGAGUCACUCCACCUUCAGUGACUGAUUACAUUAGCCGGGUCAUACCAGAAGCAUAUGUACAUAGACUCCCAAAUGAAGGCCACUUCUCUUACUUCUACUUCUGUGAUGAGUGCCACAAGCAGAUCUUUUCGGCCAUAUUUGGAGAACCAAGGGGCCCGGUAGAGUUAUUGGAACAAAGAACUGAAACCCAUAAACCGGAUCAUCCAAACACUGGUUCAUCUGACACUAGCACCACCAAAGAGUAAGUAAACAGAUUAUAAAAGAACUAUAGGAACACGUUGUUCUUGGUCUUCGUUCCAUCAUGGAGAAAUGUGUAAAUAACACCAAGAAGAUGCUUUAGUUCUUUGCUUUGGUUGAAGAUUUCAAAUUUUAUAGGUUAUACCAAAGCAGAGUUCAUUUUGAGUUUACAUUUAGCACUGCAAAGAGUGGAAGUGAAAGAACAUUUUAUUAAAGCGGCUAUCCAUUU